CUGCGCCCCAUUUCUCUCUAUCUCUCCCCCCCUCACUCUCCCUUUCUCUCCCCCUCGAAAAACAGACAACCCUGCACAUUGGAAACCUGGGUGUGGAACAUAGGGAAGUCAUCCUCAUUUUUGCUGGAAUAUAAGCCAUUUUUUAACAUACAUUUAUUUAGAUUUUUCUGUUUUUGGAAGAUAUUCAAUAACAUGCACGUUUCAGUCUUGGGAGAGUAAGGUCCGUUGUCAUGUCUGCCAAGAAAAUCAUUUAGUGCCAGAGGCUGUGGCAAUUGGUGUAUGGCGGAUCUCAGAUGAAGUCCCCGUAGAGAGCGCCUUUGUGAACUUUAUGGUUUUUGGAUUUUAUUUGAAAAGGAUAAAUCUGUUAAGUCCCAGUCACCUCUAAUGAGGUCUGCCCUUUCACUGUGCUCAGAAACCCCAGAAGCAGCGGCAUGGAGAACCGGCGCUGCCAGCACCCUCAGCAGCCCAAUGCCCAGGCCCAAGAGGCCACGUCUGGGCCCCAGUCCUCCAUGCCUCAGUCCCCUUUACUGUCUGGAUCCUCGUCCCUCAUCUCCCUCACCCAGACAGAGGAGUUCUUUGACCUGAUAGCCAGUUCGCAGAGCCGCAGACUGGACGACCAGAGAGCCAGUAUAGGAGACCGCCUGGGCAUCAGGAUAGCACAGAACAAUGUGGGACACUUGUGUGAAGCAUGUAGUCCACAGGAACCUAGUGACGAGUUUUUCAACAUGCUCAUAAAGUAUCAGUCCUCCAGAAUCAAUGAUCAGCGGUGCUCUUUGCCUCCAGCACCUGACCCAGAUGAAGACUUCUUCAGCCUCAUUCAGAGAGUGCAAUCCAAACGCAUGGAUGAACAGCGGGUUUCUUUUGGCUCUGAUGAAAAGGAUGAAACAGACUUAAGUCAUAAGUCCAAAACCUCUGAAGGCUCCAGCUAGAGACUGUGAAACUUCCAUAGAAUUCUUCUGCAAACUCUUGAACUCUCUGGAUGCACAUUUUGAGAGGUCUUCCAAUAGGUUGGGGUUUAGUGGGGGAGUAAUAUAGGUUUAUUUUAAUUAGUAGGAUUAUAUGAUGUUGAAUUGUUUAAUAUUUUUGCAGUCAAGUUAUGCUCAGAGGUGAGUCCAAAUCCAACAGAUCUGAUUCAGAGGGUAUGGAAACACUCACUAGUUUGUAUGUUCUGAUAAUUGCAAAACUCAUGGGAAAUACGUGCUGCAGCCUUCAUUUUUAUGAAAAUACAAAAACGUAUGUCAACAUACAUUUAACUGCAGAAAGUCAAAUGAAUGCUAUGGUGGAAAAUGAUGCCAACAACUUUUGUUCCUUUCCACACCAAUUAUAUUUACAAUCCAGGCUUAUUCUGAAUACGCUCCCUUAUAUAAAUUUCUGGAGAGCGCAAAAUUCGUCCCAGGAGGUACGUUUUUUUGCAGUUUUUGUUUUCGUUAAUCCACCAGAGGGUGGACUAACUGGCCGACUGACCCACCCUCCUACUUCCCUAAACCCAACCAAUAGUGUUUUCAAAAGCACCGAUUGACCAGCGCCCACCCACUUCCCAAAACUCAAUCGACAGUGUUUUCAAAAGCAAUCCAGAAAAAGAAAAGCCCUAGCGGCAGCCUGAUUUUGACCACGUUUUCAGAUUUACCACAUUCUCACCCUGUUAUUUACUUGUUUAUUUUAUUUUUUGGCUUUUGUUUUUGUCUUACAUGCUUUCUGGAACCUGUCUUUGUCGGACUUAAUCCCCGUCAACGCGGUUAACUCCGCUCCACAUCACAAGUCCACCGACAUACACGGCGAGCCACCAGACAAUUUGGUAUCAGCAGGAAAGCCGUCCAUACAGAGGUAAGCGCGAAAAGAAACAACGUCAAACCACUCUGUAGCGUUCGUUUUAAAGACGAAAUGUAGCCAUAUGUACCUCUGGCUACAUAAUUUGCGAUCUCCAGAAUUUUAUAUAGGGCUACGUUUUCAGAAUGCGUCUAUAUUGGAUAUUUACAGGAAUAUAUUAUUGUUCAUUAUAGUAUUAUAUUGUGCAGCUCUUUUCACAACAACAAAUAAAUACCACAAAAUAACUUAAAAGUAUCAAUGAUUUAUAAUUGAAUACAUUUUCCUCAGCUGUCUAUCUUCGUAUGUUGGACUUUUCUGCAGUGGUCAGUUUUCUUGCAAGGACAGUGUUGUAAUUGGGUUCAAAUUUGGUGGAGGUCGGAUGCACAAACCAGGUAAAAGCAAUGCAACUCAAUGUAAAUUCAAGGUAAAACUACAUGGCCGCGAUGUAAUUUUCUUAUACGUUUGCUUUUGAAAGCACUAUUGAUUGGGUUUAGGGAAAGAUUUACGUCAGUCAAUCACAAGGUGAUCACAAGGUGACAAGCCCUGUCUUCUCAUGGAGGUGUACAAAUGUGUUAAUGACGCAUAUAACUACACACACCAUAAGCACGUUUUUUACAUUCGCAUAAAUGUCAACAUAGGCUCAUUCUGAAAACAUAGCCCUAUAUACAUUUCUGGAGAUCGCGAAUGAUGUAGCCAGAAGUAUCUAUGCUGCAUUUAAUCUUGACGCUGUUCCUUUUUGUGCUUACCAGCUGACCACUUACCUCUAAAUGCACGGCUUCCCUGCUGUUACCAGUUUGUCCAGUGGCUCACCAUGUGCAUCGGAAAACUUGAGACACUGGGAGGGGUUGACCAUGACGACGGUGUUUGAUUCUGGCAAAGAACGGUUCCAGAAAGCUGAAAAGGCAAAAACAGAAUCCCAAAAAUUUAAUAAACAAGUAAAUAACAGGGUGAGAAUGUGGUAAAAUCUGAAAACGUGGUAAAAUCAGACAAGAGCUUUUCGUUUCUCUGGAUUGCUAUUUAAAACUGU